AUGUUGAUAUUGAGUAGUACCAUACAUAACCUCAACAUUAUGAUACUUACAAACAUCGCUAAACAAGUAGUGCGAACGAUGUCGACAUUUCGCUUGGCGUUGGUACAACUUGAAGUAAAUGAAGUAAAACGCAAAAAUGUAGAGCGGGCAGUUUCCUACAUUUCUAGCGCAAAAGAGCGCAAUGCUGAUAUUAUAGCUCUUCCUGAAUGCUUUAAUUCACCAUAUGGAAUACGUAAUAAUUUCUUUCGAAAAUACGCCGAGAGUAUUCCUGAUGGUGAAACGAGCGUUGCUUUAUCGAAUGCAGCUAAAGAAAACAACAUCUAUGUAGUUGGUGGUACGAUGCCUGAAAUAGAGGGCGAUAAAUUGUACAAUACCUGUACUAUUUGGGGUCCCGAUGGAACUUUGAUAGCAAAACACCGAAAGGUACAUCUAUUCGACAUCGACAUUCCUAAUAAGAUUACUUUUCGAGAGAGUGAUUCACUCAGUCCUGGUAACUCCCUAACGACGUUCGAUGUGAAGGGCUGCAAAAUAGGUAUUGGCAUAUGCUAUGAUAUUAGAUUCGAGGAAAUGGCACGCAUUUAUCGGAACAAAGGUUGCCAAAUGCUGAUAUAUCCAGCGGCAUUCAAUAUGACCACUGGACCACUGCACUGGUCAUUACUUCAGCGUUCCAGAGCGAAUGAUAAUCAAUUAUACGUUGCUUGCAUAUCACCGGCUCGUGUUCCUUCAGCAAGUUACGUCGCAUGGGGGCAUACACAGUUGACCAAUCCCUGGGGAGAGAUUCUUUACGAUUUGGAAACUCAAGAGAAUAUGGCAGUCACCGAUAUCGAUCUAAAAGUUGUUGAGGAAGUAAGGGCUCAGAUACCUACAUUUUCUCAGAGACGUACAGAUUUGUACGACACUGUCUGUAAGAAGGAGUAACUCUACACUAAAACAGAAAAUGUUUUUUUAUAAUAUUUCUACUACAAUAUCCUUUUUUUGCGAAUUAUUACUAAUUUCUUAUCAUUUGUACUAAAUGAAUGACUCAAUUAAGAAAACCAAAACGUUAUAAAUAAUAAUCUGUAUAUCUUGUGUAUCAACAUGUAAUUGGAUAUUAUAAUAAUAUAGGAAUGCUAUAAUAAUAUAGGAUAAUAAUAUAGGAGAAUAGAAUAAUAAUAUAUAAUAAUAAUAUGCUUUUAAACACCUUUAA